UUCCAUACGGCUAAAGAGUGAUCUUGGCUGAUAAGCAUGGAUAUAAAUAGUACUCGAUAGUUCUAUUAUAGUAUUAUUCACCUUAGUUUUCUUUAGUGGCAACUAUGAAAAGUCUGAGUGCGUUUUUAUGUGCGGUGAGCCUGUGUGCUACUGCAGCUAUAGCCAGCGGCAUCGCAGAAGAACAGGUAGAAAUUGAAAUAAUUAAAGGCGGAUAUUCCGGAGAAACCACCACGUCCAGAUAUUGGGAUUGUUGUAAGCCUACGUGUGGAUGGUCUGGGAAUACCGAUACUAAAGUUGGUCCAGUGAAAUCGUGUGCAAAAGAUGGCGCUACCAAAAUUGACACAAAUACCCAAUCAGGCUGCGAGGGUGGUACCGCUUAUAUGUGCUCCAAUCAGCAAAGUGUCGUGAUAAACUCUUCAUUGGCUUACGGGUUUGCCGCCGCCGCCUUUGAAAACCCACCGGAAAACAUGUGCUGCACCUGUUUCCUUAUUACUUUUAAAAAGGGACAGUGGGGCGAUUGUUCCGGUAAACAAAUGGUGGUUCAAAUAACCAAUACUGGAGCCGGAAGUAGCAACACCACUUCCAACUUCACUAAUAUCGAGAUCGCUAUUCCAGGAGGAGGAGUCGGUUAUUAUACCACUGGGUGCAGCAGUCAAUGGAACGCCCCAGCUACUGGAUGGGGUGACCAGUAUGGCGGAGUAGCGACAGAAGCUGAUUGCAACCAAUUGCCUGCGGUUUUACAGCCUGGAUGUAAAUUCCGAUGGGAGUUUCUUAAUGGAUGUUCCAACCCUCCGGCCCAUUUCCAACAAGUAGUUUGCCCCAAGGCGAUCUACAAGUUGUCCGGCUGUAAUAUGGGAUUAAAGGACAGUGAGGGUUAAAUGAUGAUGAAAGUAUCGAACAGACCAAUAAAUAUUUUUUUUAUUAGCCGAA